UCAUAAUUCUGUUUCACACCAUAUAUCUCCCUUGCGUCCUGUUAACUUGUUAUCUUUGAUAUCAAUUAAUCAGUUAUUAUAAAGAGUAUUAUCCCCAUCCCCGCGCAUAUGAUACCGGUGAGUGUAUUCACUCCACAUUCGGUUGUUAGUUCAGUGGAACAAAAUGAUUACCAUUAUUCAUCAAAUCGAUUUUCAUCUCUACAGUUGAGGUCACUACCACCUGCUGAACACAAUUCAUUUAUACCUGUGAGUCAGAAUGUUGUAAUUAGUGAUCAGAGUGAUAAUAAUAGUUUCAUAAUUGAUUCAGAAUAUCAACUGUACUCACCGGUAACUUCUACGAUUACAACUGCAACUUCCACAGCUGUACAUUAUAAUGACGAUGAAGUUAAUAAUCCCAGUGAUGAUCAAAAUCGUUUAUCUAGUUUUGAAUUAAUCAGUCGUCUUAUCGAUGCUGAAGGUUUGAUUGAAUUGGGGCAUAAUAUACCAAUCAAUAGUCAUUCCACUAGUGUAACAAUUGAUGAAAUUGUUGAUUUAUCAGAUCUUGAUGAAGUGAGUGGGAAAACCCUAUGGUCUACACAGGGUGGCGAAGCAGCGGUGAACUCUUUCAAUUUGGAUAAAAUCAAUGAACAUAAUACUAAUACUAUUACUAAUAAUAAUAGUCAUAAUCACAGUGGUGAUCAUAAUAGUGAUCAUAAGAUUGAAGCUGAUAAGCUUCCAUCCGUCCAGACAACAGAAUAUGUAUCUGUUGAUCCAAAUACAUUGGAGAAUACAAAUAUCUUAUUGUCGACAAACUUACAAAAUAUGCCAUCACUUAUACGUAAUGACUAUACAGGUUAUCAAGGAAGUUAUUAUGAUACUACUGGUCCUACAAAUCCGCUUCCUCUCCAGUCAUUACCAGGAUCACUUUCCGCCAGUACAGUACUCCCUGAAGACUACAUUCCACCACCUCUGACUCCGUCUAAUAUCACUGCCACUGCUGGUUAUCCAGUGGAGUUAAUGGGAAGUACACCAGUUAUGUCAAUAUCCCAACCAACGUCAAUUCAUCAAUCACCUCUCCAUCAUCGGGAUGGCAGUGGUAUCCUGCAAAUGUCGACGUCACCGACAACUCGAAUAGAUCCGGUUGAUAAUAAUAUUAAUAACAAUACUUGUGAAUCAAGCUUGAUGAUUGAUCCUUUCAUAAAAACUGAGUAUAUAGAUUAUCAGGAAUAUAUCAAUGCCACACCUUCAGGUGGCAGUGGUAGUGGUAGAAUACAGACGCUAGAAGCCGUAUCACCAGCAUCGGCAGCACCAGUAGGAGCCACGAUGGUCUACACUUGUCAACCUUCAUUUGACAACUCAGUAUAUUCUGUGAAACAUAUUGAAAAUUCACUGAAAUACUCGUCAAAUCAUAUGAUGAAAUCAGUGAUUCGAUGUUCUGCUUCUGCUUCUGCUACGGCUUAUUCUUCUUCAGGUUCUACUAUUGUUCAGCCUAACCCGCCAGUGUUUAUUUCUCAUACAGUGUAUACUAAUAAUGCCAACAGUAGUCGGAUAUCCUGUCCUCCAACUGUCCACCUUCAACAUAUAGUAAGUAAUAAUAGCCAAGUAGUGAUAACUAUGCCGCCGACCAGUUAUGCACAAUUCGCACCGCCACAGUCUCUUCAUCAACCGGUUUAUUCAAUAGUUAAUAAUUCAACGCAUCAAAAAGCGUCUACUAUGACAUCUAUUAUCACUACACCCACCACUGCUACUACUACCACUACUACUAUAAAUACCAUGAUCUAUAAUAAUGGAGACUGUCGAUCCCAACCAAUUCUGGGUCAGGCUAGACAUCAGCAAAUCUUCCUCACCACCCCUUCUUCCUGCUCACCCCAUCCAUCCAUCUCAUCAAAUGGUAAUUGCACAAUAAGUAAUCAUAUGCCGCUGACAAACACAAUCACACAAUCCCGAUGCACACCGAGUAAUAUAUCGAUUAAGAAAAAUAAACCGCCGACAUCGACGACAGAGACUAUUUACGUGAAUGAUAGCACACUCUUCACUAGGAGUACAUUACAACCCGUAUUUACUAAUGGACUGAUUGGUAGUUUUCAAUAUUUAAAAUCUAAUGAUUACGUAACAUUAGUAAAUCAACAAUCACAAGAAACGUUGUUAGUACAACCAUGUUUCUCGUCAAUAAAUAGUAAUACCAAUAGUGAUAGUAAUGUACAGGUUACCCAAAAGUCUAAUCAGUAUGAUGCUUCAACGAAAUCAGGUUUACCGGAAUAUUUACGUAGUAAUCAGCUGAAAGGGAGUGGUGAUCACUUACAACAUUACGUCACUGAUUUGCCCCAAAAUUCGAACUUCGUACCUCGGUGUUCUUCAUCGUCAGCCGCCUCAUCCUCCACAUCAUCACUACAGUUUCACCCUCCUGUACGUCGGCAUUCAGCUCCUUUUCAGUCUGUUAGUCAAAAUUCUAUGCCGCAACUCUCAGAAAUAAGCAUUCAACGAUGUAAAUUUCCAAUGGUGGUAUCUCAAUGGCCGAAUGAAAAUCAACCCAAUAACAAUCAUAGUAGAGUAAUCCCAUCGGUCUUAUGUUGUCUAUCAAACGCGAAUUCAAACAUCACUCUACCAUCAAUGGAUCAACACGCGCCUAAUACUACUGCUACGGCUACUACAACUACUAGUAAUAGUACAAAGGUUAUGCCUCUUAUCGAGAAUGAUAUGAUGGUCUUGACAAAUCGAAAUCCUACCAUUGUACAGUCACCAUCGUCAUCGAAAUCAUCAUCAACGUCACCAGCACCACCGUCAGUACCCUCAGGAAGUGGAGUCGUCGGGUUAUGCCAAAUACAGUCAAUUAUAAUGCCAUCACAAGAUAAUAAUAGUGAUAAUAAGUUACAAGAAGUUGAGAAUAAUAACAAGAGUAGUAACAAUCAAUUUACUAUCUCGUCACCAUUAUCGAUAAAUUGUACCUCCCCGUUAUCAUUACCGUCGUCUUCAUCAGUGUGUUGUCUACUUCGGCCGACAGGACGUUCAACGAGUAUAAGUAGUGGUAGUAGUUGUUGUAGUACAAACAGUAGUAGUAGCAGCGGUAAUACAACGUCUAUUCCUUCUUCUUCUUGUUUUACUGGAGAGUAUAUUUGUUCAAUAUGUUCAGAUCGUGCUAGUGGAAAACAUUAUGGUGUCAUUUCCUGCGAAGGAUGUAAAGGUUUCUUUAAGCGUACUGUACGCAAAGAGCUAACGUAUAUUUGUCGUGAUAAUCAAGAUUGUCAAAUUGAUAAACGAUUGCGUAAUCGUUGCCAGUAUUGUCGUUAUCAAAAAUGCUUACGUGUUGGAAUGCGAAGAGAAGCCGUUCAAGAAGAACGUCAGCAGCAACAACAGUCUGGAGUUCAAAAUUCACCGCCAACAUUGUGUAACUACACUUAUGAACAAUUCACCGGUAAUGGAAGUAGUUGUAGUAGUAAUAAGAGUACUACUACUGCUGGUACUACACUGAAUUAUAUUUGUGGUUGUCGUGGUGGGACUUUAGAACAAGAUGAACAAAAAUCGACGCUAUCACAAGCUAACCACCGACCACCAACUCCUCAAUCCACUGGUCUUAUUACAAAUAAUUCCACUGUCAAUGAUUCCUACCAUCAUUAUCAGUCGAAAGAAUUGUCGUCAGAAGUUAUCCCGCCGACACUGACACUUCCGCUUCCACUGCCUCCAGAUGCUUUGGAGUAUAUUCGUACUGCGGAGUUGAUUGUGACAAAUCAACGUAAAUUAUGGCUGAAAUGUUACGACAGGAAGAAGCGUGUUAUGGUGUCGGAUGUAAUGACUACAUUUCUGCAAGAUAUUUAUGUCCGUGAUAAGAAAGGUGAUGGUUGUGGGCAUUUAGAUGUGGAACAAUUGAAAAAUUGUUUUGGAAAGUGUCCCACAACAGCUGUGGAUCACUUCAUACCACUUUUGGAUUUGAUAAUUUGGUCUUCAAAGCUACCCUAUAUGAGUCAAUUAUCUUGUAAUGUUCAAUUAGAUCUACUCAAAUCAGCAUGUAUCCAAUUAAUUCUUGUCAAUUUGGCCUAUCGAUUAGCCAAUAAUAAUGAUAGUGAUAAUCGAUCAGAUUCAGCUAAUGUCAAUGACGGUUAUAAAAGUAAUAGUUGUAGUGACAGUAAUACUACUACUAACAGUAAUAAUAAUAACGUUCAAAACCGUCAUGAUCAUGAUGAUCAUCAUCAUCAUCAAUUUUCUAGUAAAAGUGGCAGUGUUGACAAGUUGAUUAUUAAUCUGGCUGAAAAACUGAGAUCAUUACAUUUGGAUUCUGUGGAAUUGGGUUGUUUAAAGUUAAUUCUGUUACUCAAUCCAGACUCCCUGACUUCAUAUCCCAGUCAUGUUACCUUACAAAUUGAAUUAUUACGUGAUCAAGUCUAUUCUGGCCUAGAGUAUUAUUGUAAUCAAAUAUGGUCUAGUGCACCACAUGGACGUAUGGGACGUCUUUUAUUGAAGUUAUCGAAUUUCCAAUCGCUUACAUCACGUAUUAAAAAGUUUACUUGUUCCAAUGAAUUAUCUAGCCUUUUAUCUACCCUGGCGUCGAUAUUCACAUGUCUGAUUAUGAAAAGCGACAAAGCGACGACUAUGAUGUCGGUAGCGAAGACGGAUCCUGAUGCCAUUAUUCUCUGUCCCUCCCCAAUGAAUACUACGAAUAAUGAUAAUAGUAAUAUUUCUCAGGAAUUUUUGUAAAAGUGGAUCACAUUAUUAUUAUUAUUAUAUAUUAUUAUUAUUAUUAUUACUAACAGCUUCUUCGUAGACUUGACAACUCACUCAUACACUGUUCACAUUUCUUUUGACCUGUGAAUUAUUUCAAUAAUUAAGUGGAUACUUAUUAUUUAUUAUUAUAAUUAUUGUUUUUUUGAUUAUUCAAUUUUUCAGUUUAUUUAUUCAUUAUUUUAUUUGUCUAAGAGAUUACAGUCCAUGUUGUUGUCAGGGUUUUUGGAGGUUCUUCCGACUGUUUUUUGUGCCACACACACUCAUAGAUGCACUCACCUACUACCUACCUCUUUUGAUUACCCGUGUGUCGAUCCCAACUACUGGAAUGUGGUGUCUAUCUUGGCGUCUGUCUGCCUGUGUGUGUGGCAUGUUUCCGAGGUGGUUUUCUGCUACUUUUAACGUGUCUUAUACAAUUCACUAUUACCACUUUACUUAUUCUGUCGAUCAAUAAUUUAUUGCUGUGGAGCGAGGAAACUGUCCACGUCUUGCACUCUCUUUCUAUCUAUUCUCCUUCGUAUUCUUCUGAUAAUUAUUACUAUUAUUAUCUUGGCUGUGGUUUUUUCUCCUUUUUUGUCAAAUAUCUCAGGGAUGUAUGUAUGAUGAAAUCUUCUGACUAGCCAGCCAAGUAAUUCUUUAAAAAAAUACGCAUAUACAUAUAUAAUAACCUCAGUUACAUAUGAAAUAACGUAUGUUCUUCAACAUUUGUCACACUCUCUGUCUCUCUCUCUCCGUCUCUAAAACUCAUCUCUUCAGGUACUAUGUCCAAGUGUGUCUGUCCGUUUUUGACGUGGAUCAGAGAUAAACAACACAACCGGUGGACGUUUAGAAAAAAAGAGUUCCGUGAAGAAAACUUCGGGAAUAUCCAUCCAUCGUUCUUCGUUUCUUUGUUGAGUUUUUUUUAUCCUUCGGUUUUCUGUUAUUAUUAUUCCAUACAACUUAUGUAAUAAUAAUUGCCCACUCGAAUCUUAAUCCCCUUCUUUUCCCGUUCAUUGUGUGUAUAAUGUAUGCAGAAUUUGACGACAACGGUAUGUCUGUCUGUAUGAGAAGAGUUUAGCUAUUCAUUGAACCUUAAAUUGUCGUCCUGUCUGCGUGUUUGGCAGGGUGAUGUGGUAUGAUGUACAACCGGUUUCUCCUUUCUUCCUUCCUUCGUUUUGGUUUUGCCCUGUUGUUUUCUUGGGUUUUAAUCUUUCUCUGGCUACCCUGUGCGAUAUUUUGUAUGGGUGAAUGGCGAUUACCAAUAUGAUAUUUGUUAAAUUAUUAUAUAUUCCCUGUGUAAAAUGACAAUGACAAUAAUAAUAAUAACAAAAACAUACAAUAAUAAACACUUAGCUACUCACCUAGUUAUCUACUCACUCUAUUCAGUUGUUAAAGAUUUUUUGGUUAAUCCCCUUGUGUUUUUCUCCGUCUUCUGUUGUUGAAGCUUUACCUAACCAUAUUCAGUAUACAUACGGACUUGUCUCCUUGAUUGUCUGUCUGUCUGUCUCUCUCUGUGUAGGUUUAUCAACCUGUGUAUAUUCUUUCUACUUUCCUCUCGUGUGCUGUUUGAAUCGUUUUCCCUCUUCACCAGUAACACUGACCCUGCUAGAAUACUGUGUGCUGUGUUGCGUUGACUGAUCAUUCUCAGGGGUAUUCUUUAUUUUUGAAUAAUGUGUGUACUGCUAUAAAGGACAUGAGUAGUAUAUAUUCGAAGUAAAACUGUUUCAAUUAAUGUGUAGCUGUGUGUGUGUGUUGUGCGUGCGUGCGGAAAAGCAGUCAAUAAUCAGGAGUUAUAUUUUUGUUUCGAAAUUAAUUAUGUAAUAGGUAUUUCAUUUUGUUAUAUAUAAUCGUUAUUUUUUCUGCUUAGAAAUGUUUUUCGGCAAGUUUGUAUAUUAGAAGUGUUGAGGAGAGUCAGAGGGGAAAAUUGGAAAAUGUUUUUAAUGAUUGUCAUUUCAAUAAUAAUAAUAAUGCUACCCUUCUGUUAGUGUAAACCUAGUGUUAUUAUUCUUCUCGUUUUAUGGUUUAUACAUUUCGAAAUAUCACAAAAAUAAGUAUAAUAUAUAUACAUAUAUUAUUA